CGGUGCCGCUAGUCCGGGGAUUACGGGCUGGCUGCGUGGCUGCAUUGAGUCCCUCUUUUCAUUCCCGCUGCCCACUGGGCCUUAUCGCCAUCGAUCUGACACACUGUUUAUCUGACGCUGCAGCCAGAUCUGCUGGCCUAGGAGAAACGCUCACAAAGGCCACGGGUCAUCAGCAUUUUGAUUGUGGCCAUCACGCCCUGUGGCCCCCCGUCAUCCCGAGCAGCAUCCCCGCUUCCUCCGUCGGCCUUUUCGCAGUCUCUGGCUUCGUCCUCUGCCCGUGUUUCCUCGGCCUCAUGUUCUGACCGUGGUCUUCCGGUGGGCAGGUUGUCCAUGUGUGGAUCCAGUUGCCGUUUACCUCACAGCAAGCGGCGCGUUCGUUGACUUUUCCAGCGUCUCGUUCUUGUUUGUGUUUAGUGUGGUCAUCUGAAAGCCAGCAUGGCGUCUUUCAAACUGGAUUUUCUCCCGGAGAUGAUGGUGGAUCAUUGUUCUUUGAAUUCUAGUCCUGUUGGCAAGAAGAUGAACGGGUCCCUGGACCACCCCGACCAACCAGAUGUGGACGCCAUCAAGAUGUUCGUGGGCCAGAUCCCGCGCUCCUGGUCUGAGGAGCAGCUGCGUGAGCUCUUCGAGCCGUACGGCGCCGUCUACGAGAUCAAUGUUCUCAGGGACCGCAGCCAGAAUCCGCCACAGAGCAAAGGAUGCUGUUUCAUCACGUACUAUACUCGCAAGUCGGCCUUGGAAGCACAGAACGCUCUUCACAACAUGAAGAUUCUUCCUGGGAUGCACCACCCCAUUCAAAUGAAGCCGGCUGACAGUGAGAAGAACAACGCGGUGGAGGACAGAAAGCUGUUCAUCGGGAUGAUCUCCAAGAAGUGUAAUGAGAACGACAUGCGCUUGAUGUUCUCGCCCUACGGACAGAUCGAGGAGUGUCGGAUACUUCGAGGCCCCGACGGACUGAGCCGAGGUUGUGCGUUUGUGACAUUCACAGCCCGACAAAUGGCUCAAGCCGCCAUCAAGUCCAUGCACCAGUCCCAGACCAUGGAGGGCUGCUCGUCACCCAUCGUGGUGAAGUUUGCCGACACCCAGAAGGACAAGGAGCAGAAGCGCAUGGCGCUGCAGCUGCAGCAGCAGAUGCAGCAACUCAGCGCCGCGUCCAUGUGGGGAAACCUGACCGGGCUGGGGAGUCUGGGGCCGCAGUACCUUGCGAUUUACUUACAGCUGCUGCAGCAGUCAGCCUCCACGGGGAACGCACUCAGCAACCUGCACCCCGCUUCAGGUCUGAAUGCCAUGCAGAACUUGGCCGCCUUAGCAGCAGCGACCGCCAGCCAGGCCUCAGCCACCGGCUCCAGUGCCAUGACUACAUCAAGUAGUCCACUGAGUGCGCUAACCAGCUCAGGCUCCUCCCCCACCUCCAGCAGCACGUCGUCCGUCAACCCCAUUGCAUCUCUGGGAACGCUGCAGUCUCUGGCCGCCGGCACGGGAGCCGGCCUCAACAUGGGCUCGCUCGCAGGAAUGGCGGCUCUGAAUGGCAGCCUGGGCUCGGGAGGCCUGUCUAACGGCUCUGGCAGUACCAUGGAAGCGCUGAGUCAGGCGUACUCUGGAAUCCAGCAGUACGCCACCGCCGCCGCGCUGCCGGGCCUCUACAACCAGAGCCUGCUCUCACAACAGAGCGUCUCAGCCGCCGGGAGCCAAAAGGAAGGUCCAGAAGGCGCCAACUUGUUCAUUUACCACCUCCCCCAAGAGUUUGGCGACCAGGACCUGCUCCAGAUGUUCAUGCCCUUUGGCAAUGUCAUCUCAGCCAAGGUCUUCAUUGACAAGCAGACCAACCUCAGCAAGUGUUUUGGCUUCGUGAGUUACGACAACCCGGUGUCGUCGCAGGCCGCCAUCCAGUCCAUGAACGGGUUCCAGAUUGGCAUGAAGCGGCUCAAGGUGCAGCUCAAGCGCUCCAAGAACGACAGCAAGCCGUACUGAACGCUGGCGGCCGCUUCCCGCUCUCUCUCACUGAGCGUGGGAGCUGCGCUGGUAAGUGGAGUCGCAAACGUACGGUAGGGGGCGCCGCCCGCCGGCCCCCCGUGCUCGCGGACGGACUGGAUUCUUCCCGUGUACUCUUUUGUGGUUCAUGCACUUUGUUUUACCUCCAACAAGAGCGACAAACUGCUGUGUUUUCUUUUUCGUUUGCUGUGCUACCUUUGAUACCUUGAUUGUUACCACGUGUUGCACUUGGACAGCUUGGUGCCCAAUUUGUUUUCUCUGUUGUGUUUUUUUUUCUUUCUUUUUUCUGGUAAAUGUGCUUCACUUUCCUUCACUGUUCUCCACUGGGACAAACAUAGGAGUCCGGCCACCAUUUUUGUUCUCUUGCAUUCAACUCCAUGGCUUUUUUGGGAAUCCUUCCCCAUCCACUAUAUCGCGAUUUGGCCAUUUCAUAGUGUUGUCGUCACACGUUAUCUCAUAUUUGGUUUCCUCGAUGCAUGAUCAUCUACCAAUGGUCACUAGAAAAGCAAUAUAACCCAUGAUGCAGUACGCCGAUAAGGAAAAAAGAUUUUCCGUUUGCAGGGUCGCGUUUGAUUUCAAGAUGGGACAAAUUCAUGAGUUGUGGUGCAGAAAAUGUCUUUAACUCAUUCACUGCCAGCUGCUUUCAAAGCAUACUUUUGUGAGCAUAUUGCCAGCCGUUGUAGAGCAUUUUGACUGACCUUUCAAGAUGCUCAAAAUAUUGUGUUCUGUGACAAUAUGAGCAUCUAACCUACCGGAACAAAGCGUAAACUCUUCUUUCAGCAUUCAAACGAGUCUGUUUCUAGCUUUUCUACCUCAAAUCCAAAGUCCACAAAGCGUCUAAACUACCGGAAAAUGUAAAGAAGAAAAAAAAAAACCCAGAGGAACCUUGACGAUUGUAGGCCCCUCGUUUUCCAAGCGGAUCGAGUAUGAAAAUGACUCCUAACACACGCCACACCACAGGAUAAUUACUUAGGAUCAUCUGAAGAGACCUUUGCUAAUUGAUCGGAACAGAGGACUCAGGCUAAAAAUCGCCCUGCCUCGUAUGUGCGCAUCCUGCUUAAACGAUUGUUGGCCUGACUGUUUUUCCAAGCAGAUCGGGGAGAAGAAUUGACUCUUAUCACACCCCGCACCACAGGAUAAUCAAUCUGUAACAUCUUUAGGAACUUUGCUGUAAUCAGAAUGGAGGAAUCAGGCUAGAAAUUGUCCCGAUUAUCGGUAUACGUGUUCACCGCUUUACAAUUGUCAGACUCCACCAUUUUCCGUGCAGAUCGAGGAGUAAAAAUGACUCUUAACACACCCCACUGCACAGGAUAAUUGCUCAGGAUCAUUAAGAGACAACCAAUAAUCGGGCCUUUGCUGACUCGAAUCGCAACAGGAGGAUAAUGAUCCGAUUCAGCCCGAUUGUCGGUGUGUGUGUGUACCGCGCUUGAUCAAGGAUUUGCCAUUGUAAAUAUUAAACGGGCCUAACAUUUAUGAUUAUCAGCCGAAUUGUCGCUGUGUGUGUACUUGGCUUUACCCACCAGUAGAAUCAACUCAUAAUUAAUUAGCUACCACCUCAUUUUGUAUUGAUUAUCCUUAAUCGUCUCUGACAGGAGGUGUCACACUGAAAAAAUGUACAGUAUAUUCUUGAUAUAGUCCUAUUUCUAGUCGUAUAUAACCAUCAAAAAGGAGCAAUGCAAAAGUGUUUGGAGACAAUUUCACAGCCACAAACCUCUCCUCUCUGAUUGGAGCGUGGAUGUCACGUGACCUACCGGUUGCUUCUUUGGAGUCGCGCGUUGUUGCUUUUUGUAAACGUGAGGCAGUGACAUGUAUAUUGAAGGCUCUGCCUCUUCUAUUUUUAUAUUUCGAAAAGAACAAAAGGUUUUAUACUUCUCCUGUGUGCUGGGGAACUAUUUAUUGCCUGAAUUAUUUAUCUGCUGUAUUUUUCACCAAGCGAUGUGUCCAACAACUCAAAUGGAUCUCCUGGUGUGCGCGCGUGCUUGUCACCUGUGUCAUCUUGUGUCCGACAUAGCCACAAUGUUCAACUAUGUUCCGUAUUUCAAAAUACUCUUCACUCAGUACGCCGUGUUCAUUCAUCUCAUCGCUAAAUGUCUUAAUUGCUACACGGGAGCAGCCCCGUUUCACUGAAGGGGAUUAGAAGAGGUCAGCACUGAAAAGGGGAGGGGGGGGGGGGGGAAUGGGGAAAUAAAACAGAAUAACGCGGGAAUAAGGUCGUAUACUAGAACAAUUGAGAAUAAAGUCAUUGUUAUGCUGUUACCUGUUGAUUGUGUAAAAACAAGAAUCCUUAUUUUUCUGAAGAAAAAAAUAUUCUGGUGAUAUUGUCAUUUUUCUUCAGCAAAAAAAAAAAAUCUCCCUUUAGUCUCAUAAUAUUAUGUCUAUUUUGUUUUGAAAAUGUGAACUUUAUUUGAGUAAUAUUGACACUUUCAUUUCAUAAUAUAAUGACUUUUUCUUGAAAAAUAUGAUGUAUAAAACUCUAAAAGAGAUGGACUUUCUCCCAAAAAAUACAACUUUAUUCUCAUGAAUUGCAACUAUUGGUAUUUUUCUUUAAAAAAAAGACUUGGCCCCCCCCGGCCCCCCAAAGAAAUCUAGGAAUAUUUUAGUCCUUUUUUUUCUCCCAAAACAAAAUCUAAUUCUUGUAAUUUUUCUUUACAAAUGAAAUCAAAAAUUGUAUUCAAAAAGUCACAAAUUUGACUUUUAUAUGAAAAAUACGUCUUUUUUUUCUUGGACUAUUACAACUUUUUUUUCUCUAAAAAAUAGAACUUUAGUCUCAUAAUAUUACAAAUUUGUUUUUCUUAAAAGUCAACUUUCGAUCUUGAAAAAAGUACAACGUUGCAUCCCCAACUUUUUUUUCUUGUAAUAAAAAAUAAAAUAAAAAAUACAACCUCCCCCCCCCCCCAACUCCUCUCCCGCCCCUGAUGACAAUUGGCCAGGGGUGUUCAAUCGUCGAGCGUCGCACAGGGCGCCAUUCGGUCCAGAACCGCCUCUACCAACAUAAAGACGUAACAAGCACGUUCAUACACGAGCAACUGACGGCCGUCAUUCAACUCUCCGCUCUCAUUCACUGACUCCCACAUCACUCACCAGGUCAAGCCCCGCCUUUUAAAGCCGCAUACACACUCAAGGGAGGGGAGGGGAGGGGGGCGUCGCCUUGUUUUUUUGCCACGUGUGCGCUGUUGCGUUUCUAGCUGACUCCCUAGCAUGUGACGUAACCGUCCAUCGUCCAGUCCUUGUCCCAACCCCACGCGUCUCUCUGGCGCUCCCACCAGGAGGUUUACUUGUAGUUGUUUGCCUUCCUUCGCCCCGAGCGCCGCCACCCGUCGCCCCCCAAAAAUUUAUUUUUUAUAGUCUAGAAGCGUUUUCGAGAAGCGUUUUUAUCGUCCGCCUCCCGCCGGGCCCCGACCGACCCUUUUGAGUUGUUGUGCUUUUGUGUGUCUUGACACAGUGUUGUGUUUGAGUGCUGCCGUGUGUGUCGGAAAUUAGAAGACGCGCGGAGGCCGAGACAUGCCGUGGAGGGAGGGUAGGGGAGGGGGGUGCAUUUAAUUGUGGCCACCGUAACGAUAUAGCGUGUGCAUAAAAUGCUACUUUAGAAAAAGCACGACAAAAUCUUUUGUUUGAGAAGUCUUCUUACUUUUUCUUAGGAAAUCAAAAUAAAAGUCAUAUUUAAGUCAAGAAUUGAUACAGUAUCGUAAUUAAAUAUUAAUUCCUGUUGAUUGAAUAGAAAGGAGUAUUAGUUGUAAUUAUUUGUGCUCGACUCAGAUGGAUGCAGGUGGGAACUGUCAAAUGCACCUCUUAAAGUAUGAUCUUUUUCUUCACUGGAAAAAUACAACUUUCUCGUCAUAAUAUUGUAGCUUUUUUUUUUUUUUUUUUGCUGGAAAACAUACAACUUAAAUCUUGUAAUAUUUCAGCUUUUUUUUGCUUUAAAAAAUGCAGCUUUUCAUCACUAAAAUGACUUUGUUCUCAGAAAAAUGCUACUUCAUUCUUGAAGUUACCCCUUUUUCCUUGAAAAAAUAUUGCUUUAUUUUUGUAAAAUGGCUCUUUAUUUAUAUUUUGUUUCUUUAGUCUCGUAAAUGAUGACUUUUUUUGGAAAAACCUUGCCCGUGCAAUACCACCACUUUAUUCUUAUGACUUUUUCUUUAUUUUGAAAAGACAUGGACUUAUCUCUGAAAAAUACAACAAUAGUCUCAUAAUAUUGCGACUUUUUUGACUGUUAAUUUGUGGUUAUGAAAUACAAAUUUGUGGCACAUGUUAUUACUAUUUUGUGGCCAAAAAUGUACAUUUUAUGUGCAUGUUAUAAUUAUAUUGUGGCCACAAUUGAAUUCCCCCCCCCCCCUCUUGUGUCAUGUCUGGGGCACCCUAAAAAAGGACAAGAAAAACAAACAACUUUUUUUGGGGGGGGGCAAAGGAGUGCUGAUUGUAAUCGAAUGCUCGUCGUCGUUACCCGACUGACGUUGACGAGGAGGUGGCGGUCACCCUCUUUUGAGGUUGCAUGUUUUUAGAUCUGUACUGAGAUUUGUGCCAAAAAUGUCAACUGCUUUGUAUUCAGUUCUGGAAAAUGACAAAUAAACUGGUGCCAAAUGUUUUGCUCAA